AGAAACUGGCUUAAAUAAAGGGGCAAGUCCAAAAAUACAAUUGGCAUGUACUGAGACCAAACAGUUAUCUAAAAACAUUUAAUUCUUUUUUACUUUGGCUUUUGCUCUUGUGUUCUUAAACUAUCUUUACUUUUGUGGUUGAAGCUGUCCCGCCUUGAUUGAACACAUGAUGGCUCUGCUGAGCCAAACGACUGUUGGUAAUGAAAACUUAGAAAAAUGGGUGUUAGUUGGCCAAGGAGGAUUUGGAAAUGUCUUCAAAGCCAGACACAAAGACUUGGGGUUUGAUGUGGCCAUUAAGAUCCUCCGUGAUGGUGUCUGCUCCUUCCUGCCUGAAGAGAGAGCGCUGUUUGAAGAGGCUGCUCAUAUGGAGAAGGCAUCCUGUGAGUACGUGCUAAGGUUUCAUGGAUUUUAUCAGGGAUGUCCGCCUUGUUUCCGUUCCCCCCUGCAGCAGAAGGGAAUAGUGAUGGAUUUCAUGGAGAGAGGAUCUGUUCAGUCCCUGCUGGAGGACCCGUGUAGCCCUCUACCGUGGCCCCUCGUCUUCCGCCUCAUUCACCAGGUGGCUUUGGGGAUGAACUUCCUCCACACAAGGCGCCUCAUGCACCAUGACCUGAAGCCGAGCAAUGUCCUGCUGACUGGCGAUCUAAACGCCAAGCUUGCAGACUUUGGUCUGUGCAGAGUUUCAGCAAGUGCUUCACAUGAAAACAGAGACACAACAAAAAAGCUAGGAGGCUCAUACAAGUACAUGCCACCUGAAGCCUUUGAGACAUCAUAUCAACCUGUCCGAGCUUUUGACAUUUACAGCUAUGGUAUCCUGCUCUGGUCCAUUCUCACAGGAAAAGAGCCAUAUCCAGUGGCUGAUCAUGCUCUUGUGGCACUGAAGAUCCCUUUAGGGGACAGACCUCCAUGGCAGGACAUCGACCAGCAGAAAGCAGAGGGGCUUAAAGAGCUGGUUGACCUCAUGAGAAAGUGCUGGGAUCAAGAUCCUUCUAAGAGGCCUACUUUUAAAGAAUGCCUUAAAAUCACAGAGUAUGUGUUCUUAAAGCAUAAGACAGGAGUUCAUGGUGCAGUCAAUCAAGUCUUAACAAGACUGGAGUCACCAACUAGAAAUCAACAUCAAAACAGUUUUUGUCUGCUGUCGACACCAGACCAGCCAAAGUUAGAUGACUCUGUGGAUGGCAGUUCGUCUAAACAGGAUUCUGUCAGUGUUCCCACUAAAAUACAAAGCACUGCAGAUAAAGCAAACUUCAUUGAUGAACACAGGGCAGAGCUGAUUCAAGUUGUUUCUGAGGUAAUGGCCAUAAUAGAGGAGCUUGGAGACAUGGUCCAUGGUGAAGCCUACUCAGAGAUCAAAGCUUUACUAACAAACACCAGGAAAAUGAGAGAGCUUUAUGACAGGACUCUUCGGUCAGGAGGAGUAAAAGUCAAAGCGGCCUUCUUUGAUGCCCUUAAAAAACAUCAUCCAGGAAUAGUGGAGCGACUCGGUGGCUGAAGCAACAAUGACCUUCCUGCAAGGACAUGUCAAAAACUUCUCCUGCCUCCCUCCUUUUUGGUUUAACUAAGAAUAUAUAUGUUGUACAUUCAUAUCCCAUGUCAUAAAUGUAACAGACAUUUUUCAGUAUUUUUCAUAAACAUAUGUA